AUGUUGCGUCGUGUUGUUCUUGGAAGAAUUCGUGGGGUACGUACUUCUGCCUACGGAAAGUUAGUAGCAGCUCGACACGCCACCACGAGAUCUCCUGCUCCUACUCCUGUUGAUACUAUUAGUGGUAAUAGCAGCAGUACUGGAAAGGCUUGUAGUAGUAGCAACAACGCCACAUCAGUUCUCACAGAUGUGGAUGCUAUACCAAAUCUCAGUUUCUUGUCUAACAAGGCUGUUCUGGCCGAGACAGUGGAUCGAACGAUUGAAGUCUGCGAUGCACUUCUUAAUGAAAUUCCUAAGGUUAAAACCGCAAAAGAGAAGCACGAUCUUAUUGAUACUACAAGUAAUGUCUUAUGUUUACUCUUAGAUCCAUGUGAGUUUGUUAGACAAAUUCAUCCUGAUGAAGAUUACAAAAAGUAUGCCUCAUACGCUUUCCAAAAAGGGUAUGAGUACAUGAGUAAAGUAAAUUCACGUCGUGAUCUUUAUGAUGUUAUUGUUGAACUUGAUAGUCCUGAAGGACGAAAACAACUUGAUGAUGAAGAGAUUAAAAAUGUUGUUCAGUUAAAGCGUGAUAUGGAAAGUAAUGGUAUUCACUUACCUGAUGCUCUUCGUGAAAAAGUGACUGAAAUGAAUAUCGAAAAGGAAGAAUUGGCAAUGCGCUUCUUAACAGAACAGGGAUCUAAAAAUCCUUUUGCAACUCUUCGUUACCUUCUUCGUUGUCGUUAUGAAUUAUCACAGUUACUUGGAUUUGAAAGUUAUGCAGAACAACAGUUACGUGGAACAAUGCUAGAGAACCAACAACGCGUUUGGCAUUUUCUUUGUGGUAUUGCACACAAAUACCGUCCAGCUGCUGAGAAGGAAAUGAAUAUUAUUCGACAAAAUGUUGGAGAAGUUCGUAAUCGUCAAAAUAUAACAGAUGAUAUAAGAGCUCGUGUGGCUCAUUCUAUUCGUCGGGAUGCGGAACCAGAUGGAGCUACCGAAUAUUUUUCAGUGGCGAACUGUAUUCGUGGAAUUCAGUGUCUUUGCUCUGAAGUGUUUGGUGUACGACUGGAAGAGGUACCAUUUAGCCCAGAGGAAGUAUUUAAUAUGGAUGCGAAGAAGUUUCAUGUAUAUGAUGAAAAUCGUGCCUUUUUAGGUGUUAUUGUACUGGAUAUGUAUGCAAAUGAGAUGAAGUAUUGUCAAGCAGGACAUCUCACACUACAACUUGGUUGUCAACCCCAUCAAGAAGCCCUCGCACGUGUAGGAUUAAAACUUCCAAAACGACAAUAUCCUGUUGUAGUGUUAACAUGUAAUGUUGGAGCACAAACUCCUGCACAACGACGUGUGGAUGGAAAAUUUGAUGAUGAGUCUACACUUAUGCAUCCAGGUGAAGUGACUACUGUUUUUCAUGAGUUUGGUCAUGCAAUGCAUACUAUUUUUGGACAAACAAAGGUACAAAAUUUAGCAGGAACACGCGCUAGUAUUGAUUUUGUAGAAACAUUUUCUCAACUUUUUGAACAAUUUCUUACUUCACAUGAAUUCCUGCGCCUUUGGGCACACCGUAUCAAUACAAGAGAACCCAUCUCAUUUGAUAUGGUUAUGAAACGUAAUGCAGCUAAUGAUAUGUUUAAACAUCUUGAUAUGUUAGAUCAGGUGGUACUCUCUGCUGUGGAUCAAACCCUUCACGGUCCUCAACCGUAUACAGUGUACUUUCCACAUGGUGAUAAAGGACAUCUUGGAAAACGUACUCUUGGUGAAAUUGCUGAUUAUGGUCGUGGAACGUACAACUUAGCGAAACUCCUCAUUGAUGUUUGUACCCCACUCUCCGUUGUAACUCCCACAGAGACUGGUGUAUUGGGCACUCUCUCAUUUGAGCACCUCUCUGGUUAUCCAGCGGGUUACUACGGUUAUCUCUACAGUCUCACCGUUGCCAGGCGUAUUUGGGCGAAGAAGUUUGAGAAGGAUCCACUUAACCGAGAUGCUGGGAGAGAAUUGGUGCAGAAGGUCAUGCGGUACGGUGCCGCAUGUAAUUCAGUGGAGGUUAUAGAGAAAUACUUGGGUGAUGACCUAGAUGAGAUUGAUGUUUGGGCAUAA